AUGACUUAUUUUGCAGAAUGUCCAUAUCAUAAGCCUCUGGGGUUUGAAUCAGGUGCUGUUACUUCAGAUCAGAUAAGUUGCUCCAACCAAGAUCAGUAUACAGGCUGGUAUUCUUCCUGGACCUCAACCAAAGCCCGCCUCAAUGGUCAAGGAUUUGGGUGUGCUUGGCUAUCCAAAUUCCAGGACAAUAGUCAGUGGCUACAGAUUGACCUGAAGGAAAUAAAAGUUAUCUCUGGGAUUUUGACACAAGGAAGAUGUGAUACAGAUGAAUGGAUGACUAAGUACAGUGUACAGUACAGAGUGGAUGAUUCUUUGAACUGGGUUUACUACAAGGACCAAAACUGGAAACAAUCGGGUGUUUUAUGGGAACUCAGAUCGUUCAUCUACUGUACAGAACUUCCUGCGACCUCCAGUGAUUGCACGAUACAUCAGGAUUAUCCCACUAGGCUGGCAUGUUCGCAUUGCUGUAAGGAUUGA